GCUCACUUCCCCGCCCUCCCGGAAGUUGUUGCACAGUCGUUUCCGGGGUGGCGCGAGGUUGGGGAGGACUCCGAAUGGGUCGCAGCCGCAGCCGGUCCCCGCGGAGGGAGCGUAGGCGGUCCCGGUCCACCUCCCGAGAGAGAGAACGCAGGCGCCGAGAAAGGUCCCGGUCCCGAGAGCGAGAUCGGAGAAGAAGCCGCUCUCGAUCCCCGCACAGAAGACGUUCCAGGUCCCCAAGACGACAUAGAUCCACAUCUCCUUCCCCUUCUCGACUAAAAGAAAGAAGAGAUGAGGAGAAGAAAGAAACAAAAGAAACAAAGAGCAAAGAACGUCAGAUAACUGAGGAAGACUUGGAGGGCAAAACAGAGGAAGAAAUAGAAAUGAUGAAGUUAAUGGGAUUUGCCUCCUUUGACUCCACAAAAGGGAAAAAGGUGGAUGGCUCUGUAAAUGCCUAUGCCAUAAAUGUGUCUCAGAAGAGGAAGUAUAGGCAGUACAUGAAUCGAAAAGGUGGAUUCAACAGACCUUUGGAUUUUAUUGCAUGAGAAUUGAAAUAUUGAAGAAUGAUUUUUUUCCCCUCAUCUUGAUCAGAACAGUGGAUUUUGUAUUUUGUAUUUAAUAUGCAUCAAAAAUAGGAUCACAGUCCCUCCUCCUUGUAAAGUAAGAAAGUUUUAUUUAUGAUGUGUGUAGUUCACUUACCCUGCCUCAGAAAAAGGUUAAAUAUUACAUUUUUUUCCUUUAGGAAAUUUCAUUUGGGGCAAUCAUCAACCCCAUUUUUUUGUCCUUAUUCCUAUGGAAACUGUGUAUGUCUUCUUGGAUGUUCUUUAUGACUUUUUAAAACACAUAAGAGUAAUUUGGAA